GUAAUUCUGAUUCUGAUUCUGAUAACAGCGAUUGAACUACCAGGUCUAUCCCCUGGAUGCCGCUAAAACACCAUCUUUACGCGCUUGGAGACGGCGCGGCGGCACUUGGAGACGCGCCUCGCUGAGCAACGCGCUCCUCAGUCUGAUGUCCUGGUACCAAUGGGACACUACAGGCGGCGUUUUGAGUAUUUUUAAUGAAUUCAGCUUCUUUCCAUAAGGGUCGUGUGUUGGCUUUAUUUGAAACGUCUAACAAUUAGAUUUUAAAGCUGUGAUUGGGAGUCAUGCACGUUUUUGAUCUCUGAACGGGGAGUUCUCACGUAGAGCCUCGGAUCAGGAACUUUGGGACUUGGAGUGGUCCGCUGCAUCUGCAUCAUCCUACUGGUUCAUCUCAACUUCUUUCAAUCAGGGAUCGUGGGGAGCCUUCAUACCAGCCCCCCUUUUAAGUGAUGCAUUAUCGUGGGCAUCCUAAAGAGCCGAGGAAAUGGUAUUUCUUUAAAGAAUCGCUGCUCCUGUCGCUGGCCAUGGAGCGCACAUGAGAGGAUUGAGUCUCCUCGGGAUUAACUGACAGCACAUCGACAGAAUGCGGGGGAGGGACCUUCAGAGUGCGUGCAGAAGGGCGCUCCUGCUGAUCAUCUGUCUGGUGUCCCUCUGUGGACAGCUGAGCAGUGCCUCGUCACACAGAAGCCACAUAGUGCACGUGAAGGCGGGCACCUGUGAGGUCAUCGCAGCCCAUCGCUGCUGCAACAAGAACAAGAUCGAGGAACGAUCCCAGACUGUGAAGUGCUCCUGCUUCCCAGGACAAGUGGGCGGGACAACGCGAGCUGCACCAUCUUGUGUGGACGCCUCCAUCGUGGCCCAGAAGUGGUGGUGUCAGAUGAGUCCCUGCAUGGACGGGGAGGAGUGCAAGGUGCUGCCCGACCAGAAGGGCUGGAGCUGCAGCACCGGGAACAAAGUCAAGACCACCAAGGUCACCCGAUAGUCUUGUGUUUCCUGACAUCCUCGGCUUGGACCUCUUCCUUCUCCUUGUCCUCUCCACAUGCUUCCUGGACAAUAAUGCAUUUUGACGAUGCGGGAACCUUGGGACCGAUGAGGAUUAAGAAAAACAAUGGCAUCACUGAUGGACCAAUGAGGAUGAAGAACACAAUGGCAUCACUGAUGGACCAAUGAGGAUGAAGAACACAAUGGCAUCACCGAUGGACCAAUGAGGAUGAAGAACACAAUGGCAUCACUGAUGGACCAAUGAGGAUGAAGAACAAAAUAGCAUCACUGAUGGACCAAUGAGGAUGAAGAACACAAUGGCAUCACUGAUGGUGUGGAGUGAGACGAGGGGGGACAUCAUUUCACUGAUGGCGUGGAGACGACGGGGAUAUCCAACAGAGACUGCUGUUAACAGAACUACGAUACCCAACAUCCACUGCAGUUCCCAGUCUCUGAACUCCAUUUCAUUGUUGCGUCAUAGUUUUCUUCUUGCAGACUGUAGAGGACCGAUCCUAGAGCUAUGUAUUCAGUGAAUGACUGUGGAUUGCCCAAGAAAAAAAUAAGAAAAAAGAAAAGCAACCACAAAACGAAAACAGAGAUACCCAUAAACAGAAUAAUGUGACGUGAGAUUUUUUUCUUUGUCUUGAAGGAGACGGCCGACGCACUCCUUAUGCAUUAUCUAUGUUGAGAAGCAACUGAGGUGGAAAACAUUGUUUCGACAUUAGAAAAGCUAUCUUUUGGGGGAAAUGUUCGGUCAAACGUAUACAGCUUUAUCCGUGAGCAUCCUUUUCAACAAUUCUUUGAAUAGAGACACAUUAACAAUGAAAAUACAGAUAUUUAAUCCAUGGUUGUCCAAUUCAGAAGCGCCAGGGGUGAACACAAGUCAUUUCAAAUUCUGUUGUUUUCGAAGCCUGGCAACAAAUAUUGAUUGUCGGUAUUAUCUAAAUAAAUCUAUCAAUGGAUAUUAUGAAAUGUAAA